AUGUCUUUAAACUACAUCAAAAACUUCUAUGAAGGAUGCCUCAGGCCUCCUACGGUGAUAGGCCAGUUCCACACCUUGUUCUUCGGCUCGGUGCGGAUGUUCUUUCUGGGCGUUCUUGGCUUCGCUGUCUACGGAAAUGAGGCUCUGCACUUCAGCUGCGACCCCGAUCGCCGAGAACUCAACCUGUACUGCUACAACCAGUUCAGACCCAUAACACCUCAGGUUUUUUGGGCGUUACAACUGGUAACAGUGCUAGUUCCUGGGGCGGUCUUUCACCUCUACGCAGCCUGUAAGAACAUCGACCAGGAAGAGAUCCUCGAGCGACCCAUCUACACCGUAUUCUACAUCAUUUCUGUUCUUCUACGCAUCAUUCUGGAAGUCAUCGCCUUCUGGCUACAAAGCCACCUCUUUGGCUUCCAGGUCCACCCGCUGUACAUGUGCGAUGCCAGGGAUUUGGAAAAGGCCUUUAACGUGACUAAGUGCAUGGUGCCCGAACACUUUGAAAAGACCAUCUUCCUCAGUGCCAUGUACACCUUCACCGUGAUCACCAUACUUCUCUGUGUUGCUGAGAUAUUUGAGAUACUCUGCCGACGUCUUGGUUAUCUCAACAACCAAUGACACACGUACACAUAAAAAUGACGAAGGGUGAAAAUAUAUGACACCAUCUCUGACAGUUUUUAAUCGGGCUCUCGGUUAGCUACUGCUGGACUUUCAUAAAAAACAGGAAGCGGACGUAAGAGCAAAACCUCACCUGGGGUCCACCGUGAGUGAGUUGCACCGAGAAAUUUGAGAAUGUGCGACAGUGUCAUAGCUGGCGAGUCUGAAAUAUUCUCUGGGUGUUUUUUGCCCUCAGCUAUAGAGUCAUCAUCCCUAGUCGUAUUUCAGAUAUCAGUGGGUCCGUACUGGCUGUGUCCAAGGGUCUUGUAUGGACGUGAUGGCCAGAGAAU